CCGCCGCCGCUGCCGGACGCGCAGAGCAGGGGGCAGCUGGGCCGAGUGCUGCCCACCGAGGGAGCUAGCGAGAGAGCGAGCGAGCGCGGGGUCGCGGCGCAGGGGGCGUUCCCGACCAGGACGUGGGUCGCGGCGUUGCCCUUGCCCAGCGUCCGGACCUCAGGCUGGCUGUGCCAGGGCCCCAGAGCACCCUCGACACCAUGGCCGGGCUGCUAAAGCGGAAGUUUGACCAGCUGGAUGAGGACUCGUCCUCGCUCUGCUCGUCCUCCUCCUUGUCCUCCUCGGGCCACCGCUCCCCCUCCUGCUCCCCCAGCUCCUCGGUCUCCCCGGCCUGGGACUUGGAUGAGGAGAACCCUUGGGAUCAGCUGCCCUUGCCUGACCGUGACAUCUGUGGCCCCCGAAGCUUCACUCCCCUGUCCAUUCUGAAGCGGGCUCCCCGGAAGCGCCGAGGCCGAGUGGCCUUUGAUGGCAUCACCGUCUUCUACUUCCCGCGGUGCCAGGGCUUCACCAGCGUGCCCAGCCGUGGCGGCUGCACCCUGGGUAUGGCCUCCCGCCACAGUGCCUGCCGCCGCUUCUCCCUGGCCGAGUUUACCCAGGAGCAAGCCCGGGCACGGCAAGAGAAGCUGCGCCUACGCUUGAAGGAGGAGAAGCUGGAGGCGCUGAGAUGGAAGCUUUCGGAGACUGGGGUGCCCAAGACAGAGGCCGGCCUGCAGCUCACCGUGGACACCAUCGAUGACGCCUCUGUGGAGGAGGACUUGGCACUGGCCGUGGCAGGCGGCCGGUUGGAGGAAAUGACCUUCCUCCAGCCCUUCCCGGCCCGGAAGCGACGGGCUCUGCUGCGGGCCUCAGGUGUGCGGAGGAUUGAUCGCGAGGAGAAGCGAGAGCUGCAGGCCCUGCGCCAGUCCCGGGAGGACUGCGGCUGUCGCUGCGACAGGGUCUGUGAUCCUGAGACCUGUAGCUGCAGCCUGGCGGGCAUCAAGUGCCAGAUGGAUCACACAGCGUUCCCCUGUGGUUGCUGCAGGGAGGGCUGUGAGAAUCCGAAGGGCCGUGUGGAAUUUAAUCAGGCUCGAGUUCAGACCCAUUUCAUUCACACGCUCACCCGCCUGCAGCUCGAGCAGGGGGCCGAGAGCCUCGGGGAGCUGGAGGCCCCGGCCCAGGGUGGCGCUCCCAGCCCGGGCGAGCAGGUCCUGGCCUCUGCGUUCCCCCUAGCCAAGCCCCCCGUGAGCAGCGAACUGGGAGACAACAGCUGCAGCAGCGACAUGACCGAUUCGUCCACAGCCUCAGGCACCAGCGAAGCCCCGGAUGACCCUGCCCACCUGGCCCUGCCCAGCCCUGGCUUCCAGCCUGGUGUGGAUGAUGAUGGCCUGGCUUGUAUCCUGAGCUUCAGUGACUCUGAACUAGGUGGACGCGAGGAAGAGGAGGAGGAUGGAGGUGUGGGCGGCCUGGACAAUCUCAGCUGCUUCCACCCAGCUGACAUAUUUGGUACUGGUGACCUCACUGGCCUGGCCAGCUGGACCCACAGCUAUUCCAGUUCUAGCCUCACGUCAGGCAUCCUGGAUGAAAAUGCCAACCUGGAUGCCAGCUGCUUCCUCAAUAGUGGCCUUGAAGGCUUGGGCGAGGGCAGCCUCCCUGGCCCCUUGGUGCCAGCCAGCACGGACGCUGGCCAGAGCAGCUCAGUGGACCUCAGCUUGUCCUCUUGCGACUCCUUCGAGCUGCUCCAGGCCCUGCCAGACUAUAGUCUGGGGCCCCAUUACACCUCCCGGAAGGUGUCUGACAGCCUGGACCACCUCGAGGUGCCACACUUCACUUUGCCUGCCUUCUCUCCCCCUGCGGACGCCAGCACUUGCUUCCUGGAGUCCAUCAUGGGCUUGACUGAGCCCGCUGCCGAGGCCCUGGCUCCCUUUGUGGACGGCCAGUUGUUUGAGGACACCACCCCGGCAUCGCUGGUGGAACCUGUGCCUGUGUGAGGGUUAGGGUGCCUUUUCCCAGCCCCAAGAACCCUGUUGCUGCUUUGUUGUAAUUUGGGGGUUCCCCAAGGUCUAUAUGUAAUGGUCCCCUGUUGGCUGGCUCCCAUGUGGGCACUCCUACUAAUUUUCAUGCAACACUCUGGAUUGAUUUAUUUAUUUUUGUAAUUUUCUAUGCUGAAGUGGGGGUGGGGGUCGUACUUCCCCUUUCAGUUGCCCGGUCCCCCUACGCCCACACCUUCUCUUCCACAUCCAUGGUGCAUGCCAGGAGUGGGAAGAAAUGUGGCUUCCCUGGAGCUUUGCAGACUCCUUUUCCAUCUUGUAUGAUGUUCCUAAGCCCGAAGACAGCCACACUAGGCUGAAAUCAGCCACCUUUUAUGGUUUCUUCUGCCACCCUGAGUUCUAGACUCAUGGGUGACUGGAUCCUCUGGACUGUGAAGACUAUAAUUUAUUUCCUAUAAUUUAUUUGGAGACUAGGUGGCUGGCAAGCAAUAUUGGGGUCAGGGAUGGGGCACAGGACCCUCCCCACCACCCACAAAGUCCCUUUGCCUGAUAGUCCUGCAACCAUGCCCUUGCUGGGGCUUCGGUGUAGACCAGGCAUGGGUUUGCGCCCUCUGUCUAACGUGUAGCAGCCCUGCUCUGGAUGGCUAAGCAAGUAGGGGCAGGGGCUGGGCUGGGCUGGGCUGAUAAACCGUGAUCAAAACCCUGUUCUGCUCCACACAUCCCCCCUCCUUCCUGUCCUCUGCCCAUCUCUCCCCCUCCCCCGGCAAAGGCCGCAGCUUUUAUUCCAAGGCUGUAAAUGUAGGAGGGGGAAGCAGGAGGCCCAGAGAGGGUAAGGGGCUCCCUCAGGGCCCAGAGUAGGCCCUGGACCACUCAGGACUUUCCGGGCACUGCACCCCAGCCUGGUCCACCUGCCCACAUCCUACGGCCAGUUGGCCAGGGGCAAGGGGGGCUCCUUAUGGCUUUCAUGCCCUUUGUUUGCUGAUGUUGGAUUUUACAUCAUAAUUUCUGUAUUGUCCCCAAGUAUUAGAACUAUAAUUUAUUCAUUUUUCCUCUGUGUCUGUGCCAAGAAGCCCAGGCUCUGGGCCUGCCCUCCUGCCCAGGAGGCCUUGCCAGCCUGCGAGCUUGUGGGAACACCUUGUACCUGAGCUUAUAGGUACCAAUAAAGAGGCUCUAU